GCAGCAUCACUCGGUACAUUCAUGUCGGAGGCAAAGAACUCAUCAUUUCCACUGACCUGUACCAAUGUUCCCUACCCCUUCGGCAUCUCAGGUAAAGCUAUGAAAGGCUUCGAAAUAAGCUGCAAUGGCACUUCUCCAAUUCUACAGCUGGGCAAACAUACUUACCGGAUUAAAGACAUCUCACUGCAAGGCAAACUGAGCAUCGACACUGGUGUCAUUUUUCAUAGCUGUGGUGGAGAUGUCACCUAUGGAUCCGGCUGGAUCGACCUGGAGGGAACCCCCUACACGAUAUCAGACACAGAGAACUCUGGGAACAUGCUGACGACGGUUGGUUGCAAGAGAACGGUCCUCAUCCGAGGGCUUCGUAAUAUGUCGUCAAGCGGUUGUUCUACCUUCUAUGACUCCUCCAUCGUCAAUGGAUCUUGCUCUGGCUUGGGCUGUUGUCAGGCCUCCAUCCCUAUGGGUCUCAAGACCUUCAACCUGUUGCGCGGAAACAUCGACAAUGUCAGAGCCAUAAAUCCCUCCGUUUAUGUUGUAGACAACACGUGCUUUCAGACCUUCUUUGUUAAGAAAAGCAGCUUUGCAUUCUCGACUGAGAUGCUGCAAAAUGUUAUACAUGGCAAUGAAGCUUCUCAAGAUCGUUACCUGAUGGUGUUGGAUUGGGCUACUGGGAGUGAGACAUGUGAAGAAGCGAGAAGAAAGAUGGAUACCUAUGCUUGCAAGGAUAACAGCUAUUGCUACAAUUCAACCACUGCAAUUGCAACGCAUGAUACGAUGGAAAUCCUUAUAGUGAAGAUGGAUGUAAAGAUAUUGACGAGUGUCAAGAUCCUGAACGUAAUCCUUGUGUGGGAAGAUGCAUCAACAAGCCAGGAAGUUUUUCUUGCGCCUGCGCGUUUGGCCAACGUGGCGACGGCAGAAAGAAUGGAACUGGCUGCAUGAAUG